GGUGUAUCCUGUUGGACUCUCUCUACUCUCUCCCUCUCUCUCUCUCUCUCUCUCUCUCGCCCAAAUUGUGAGAAAUUUUUUUUCAAAACAUAAUUACUGAAGAAGACGAUCCCAGUCCCUGUUGGAGAGAGACUGGAGGUUUCUGCGAAGCUUCUCUCUCCCUCUCUUUCUCUCUCUUCUACAAGCAGAAGAGAAGUACCCGCUCGUGAUUACAGUCUGUUUGGUGACCUCUGCUUCAACAUCUGGUGGAUGUUUGAUAAUGUCCUUUGGUGUACGGCCUGCACCUGGAUUUGAUGCCAAUGAACAUGUCAAGCCACCAGAGCUUCUUACCCAAAAUACAUGAACUUGUAGUUUUUUGCUUUUUUUCCCCCUUGAAAUCCGGCACUGAGAACUUUGAGAGUACUUGAAGAAGUUUCUUCUGUUAUUUUAUCCAAGAUCGGUUGUUCAUCGAGCAACAGUAUUGUGAAAAAGCAAUAGUUAUGAAUUUCCGGCAGGAGAAGUUUGUGAGGUUCCAGGAUUGGAACUCGGAGAAGAGUCCUGAAGCACAAUAUUCUGCUACUAAUGGAUUCUAUUCAGGGAGAAUCAGGACAAUGAUAAACUCCUUCUCUGAAAAGUUUCAAAGAAGUAUUGAAUCUGGUUCAGAAAGGAUUAAACGGAUAAAGAAAUCCUUGAAAUCCUGCUCAUUUAAUAGCAUUGUUGCACGUGGCUUGGGUUCUGCAAAGAAAAUUCUUGAUCCUCAGGGCCCAUUCCUCCAACGGUGGAAUAAGAUAUUUGUUUUGGCAUGUGUAAUUGCAGUAUCACUGGAUCCUUUGUUUCUCUAUGUCCCCAUAGUCAAUGAUGAACACAAGUGCCUGGACUUGGACAAGAAGAUGGAGAUUACAGCUAGUGUAUUGCGUUCGUUCACAGAUAUCUUUUAUAUACUUCACAUAAUUUUUCAGUUUCGUACUGGCUUCAUUUCUUCUCGAGUAUUUGGAAGAGGUGUAUUAGUUGAAGACACAUGGGCAAUAGCAAGGAGAUAUCUAUCUUCGUAUUUCAUUAUUGAUAUUCUUGCGGUUCUUCCACUUCCCCAGGUGGUUAUAUUAAUUGUCAUUCCUCAAUUGGGAGGCUCAAAGCCCUUGAAUACGAAGAAUUUGUUGAAAUUUGUUAUCACCCUCCAAUAUAUUCCUCGAUUGAUUAGAAUAUAUCCAUUAUACAAGGAAGUAACCAGGACUUCGGGCAUACUGACUGAGACUGCUUGGCUUGGAGCUGCAUUUAAUCUCUUUCUUUACAUGCUUGUCAGUCAUGGUCUUGGAGCCUUUUGGUACUUGUUUUCUAUCGAAAGAGAAACAGUAUGCUGGAGACAGGCCUGUGGAAAGAAUUCUACCUGUUCCCCUGAGGCUCUUUACUGUGAUAGUAACUUAGGAAGUAACGUGUUUCUGAAUAAAUCCUGUCCUAUUCAGACACCAAAUACAACACUUUUUGAUUUUGGAAUAUUCCUCGACGCUCUUCAAUCCGGUGUUGUGACAUCAACAGAUUUCCCACAGAAAUUCUUUUACUGCUUUUGGUGGGGCCUGCAAAAUCUGAGUUCUCUUGGUCAAAAUCUUAAAACAAGUACCUUUUUCUGGGAAAUCUGCUUUGCAGUCGCUAUUUCCAUCUCUGGGUUGGUGUUGUUUUCAUUUCUAAUAGGAAACAUGCAGACGUAUCUGCAGUCUACAACUACUAGAUUGGAGGAGAUGAGAGUAAAGAGGCAAGACGCUCAGCAAUGGAUGGCUCAUCGCCUGCUCCCUGAGAAUCUAAGGGAGAGAAUUCGACGGUAUGAACAAUACAGAUGGCAAGAAACUAGAGGUGUUGAUGAGGAGAACCUCCUACGCAAUCUCCCCAAGGACCUCAGGAGGGACAUUAAGCGGCAUCUUUGCCUGGCUCUUCUCAUGAGAGUACCGAUGUUUGAAAAAAUGGAUGAACAACUGUUGGAUGCAAUGUGUGAUCUCCUGAAGCCAGUGCUCUACACAGAGGAAAGCCACAUUGUUCGUGAGGGAGACCCGGUUGAUGAGAUGCUCUUCAUUAUGCGAGGGCAGCUUUUGACCAUGACCACAAAUGGGGGAAGAACCGGGUUCUUCAACUCUGAAUAUCUCAAAGCUGGUGACUUCUGUGGUGAAGAGCUGCUUACAUGGGCUCUGGAUCCCCUUUCAUCAUCCAAUCUUCCUAUCUCUACUAGAACGGUCCGCGCACUGACUGAAGUCGAAGCAUUUGCUUUAAUGGCUGAUGACUUGAAGUUUGUCGCCUCCCAAUUUCGGAGGCUUCACAGUAAGCAGCUCCGACACACUUUCAGGUUUUACUCUCAGCAAUGGAGGACUUGGGCAGCUUGCUUUAUACAAGCUGCGUGGCGCCGGUACACGAAAAAGAAACUAGAAGAGUCCCUUAGGGAAGAAGAAAAUAGGUUGAAAGAUGCAUUGGCGAAGUCUGGUGGAAAUUCUCCAAGUCUGGGUGCCACUAUUUACGCCUCACGAUUUGCCGCUAAUGUACUUCGUGCUAUACGUCGCAAUGGUCCUCGUAAGCCUAGAGUGCCGGAGAGGGUACCACCCAUGCUGCUUCAGAAGCCAGCAGAGCCAGAUUUUACUGCCGAGGAGCAAUAGGUAUGAAUAUUUUUUGGUUUAAUCUUUAUGCGUGUUUUGUUGUAAA